CGCCUCUUUUCCGCGGUCCCCUCCCCUAUUUUUAAUAACAGGGCUGUUGGAGACUACUAGCCUAGCUCCCGACGUUUUCGUUCACAAGACCAAGGACCCUCUACAGCAAGAAUGAAGUUCGUUAGGUUUAUAAUGAAAAACGCCGCCUUGGCCAGUGUGCCAAAACACAUCGAUCAUUUCUCUAAGUUUUCUCCUUCACCGCUCUCCAUGAAGCAAUUUCUUGAUUUCGGUUCCAUCAACGCCUGUGAGAAGACAUCUUUUGUUUUUCUGAGACAGGAGCUCCCUGUAAGACUUUCAAACAUUAUGAAGGAGAUUAACCUGUUGCCUGACAAACUGCUCACCACCCCAUCUGUGCAAACAGUGCAGAGCUGGUACAUCCAGAGUUUAAUGGAGAUCCUUGAAUUCCUAGACAAGAAUCCUGAUGACUACAAAGUCCUGGGAGAGUUUGUCGACGCAUUGGUUACCAUCAGAAACAGGCACAACGAUGUAGUGCCUACUAUGGCCGAGGGUAUCAUAGAAUACAAAGAGGUCUUCCCUCAGGACCUAAUGACCAACCAGAACAUCCAAUACUUUCUGGACCGCUUCUACAUGAGCCGCAUCUCUAUUCGCAUGCUCAUCAACCAGCACACUCUUAUUUUUGAUGGUACCCUCAACCCUGUCCACCCAAACACCAUUGGGAGCAUUGACCCUCACUGUCAAGUCGGAGAUGUAGUCCAGGAUGCCUUCAACAGUGCCAAGAUGCUAUGUGAACAGUACUACCUCCGCUCCCCAGAUCUGAUACUACAGGAGAUAUGCGUCAAGGAGAAGAAGAACUAUCCAAUAAGCAUCGAAUACGUGCCCUCUCACCUUUACCACAUGCUGUUUGAGCUCUUCAAGAAUGCCAUGAGAGCCACUAUUGAGACCCAUGACGACAGCAACAACCUUCCACCCAUUAAAGUCAUGGUGUCUCUUGGAGAUGAGGACAUGUCAAUCAAGGUGAGCGACAAGGGUGGCGGUGUCCCCUUUCGAAGGAUCGAGAACCUUUUCAGUUACAUGUACUCCACUGCUCCUGCUCCACACAUAGGAGAGCGCACACGGCCUCCACUGGCUGGCUUCGGCUACGGUCUGCCCAUUUCUCGCCUCUACGCCAAGUACUUCCAGGGAGACCUGCAGCUCUACUCCAUGGAGGGCCACGGCACAGACGCUGUCAUCUACCUGAAGGCGCUGUCCACGGACUCCAUCGAGAGGUUGCCGGUGUACAACAAAACUGCUCUGAAGAACUACAAAGUGAGCCAAGAGGCCGACGACUGGUGCAUACCCAGUAAAGAGCCCCUAGAUCUGAGCAUCUAUAAGAUGCCCAAGUGAAAAUGUGUGCUUCAAGCCUACAGUACAUACCAUGAAGCCUUCAGUAUUUCUGUCUUCAUAGUCCCAUGUCAUCAUCUGUCAAGGCAGAUGUGGGUGCCAAACCUUUUUCUACUGAAAGGGUCAUCUCCAGACUAAAGCAUACAGAGUGCCCUCUUAUUGUUUAGUCUGGUUUUAGCAUGUUCAUGUUGCUCUCAGACCCUGUUGUCCUAUUUGGGUUCUCGUAGGAAAAAAAAAACAGCUACUAGCUGAGUACCUCUUACACUUCGGAGAUGCAGCUCCAAUGUUGCAUCACGUGCAGGUGGAGACAGAGGCAGCACCCAGCAUGUUAUCGGUGUGGUGUUAUGACAAAAAAUUGUUAUGGGAAUAUGAGUGGACCCAAUGCAAAGUAACAGGAAGGUUUAAAUAGUCCAGCUUAAGACCCUAAACGUGCAGUAAAGUAAUUACAGCAGGCGUUUGAGGAGCGACAUAUGGAGGUAUUCAGUUGAACAGGGAGAGACCUGUUGUUGAACAAUUGGAAGAGAUCCUCCUGUAGGAAAUGUCACCCAAGCCUUAUUGUAGCAACUUCACCCAAAGGCUCCUUUUAUUGAAAUGCUUGAAAGAUUCUUAAAUAUUACUAAUAUUGAACCUUGUUAAAAUUGUAAGUACUGUAUUACAGUUGAUUUUGAACAAAUGUAUGACUUUUAAGUUCACUCAACUUAAAAGUCAUACAUUUGUUGUGCUUUCUGAUAUUUGAUUUUGAUGUUUCAGCACUUAAGGUAUUCACGUUGACUGGUAAGAUAGUGUUAUCUUAACAUCAGUUCUUUUGGACCAGGCUGAAUGUAAUCUGCUCUCUUCUUCUGUGCAUUCAUUUGUAUUAAUGGCAGAGGCAGAGAGUAUUACAUAGGGACCAUAGUUCUCUCUGGUAUACCAGGUUUCACAGCCACCAGAAGAUUCGUCAUGCUUUUGUUUUGGAGGUUUGAUGCUUUUAGCUGAGUUCAAUAGAGGCUUGUGUUAUUAAAGCCCAGAAGGCAGUGCAUGCCAUGUUUGAGUUCUCUACAGUCUCAGAUUGGUUAUUACACUGUGCCAUAUGAGGAAAGAGUGCCCAUGACCAUAUGUGUUUUCUUUUGUAUCACAUUGAUAUUAACCAUGCAGUAAGUUAAAGGUUAUUUUUAUAGCUACGCUUGUUGCGACUGAAAUGUUUGUACAAAGUGUGAAUACAAUAUAAUUAAUAAUAAUAAAGAACAUCUUAAGUACAAAA